ACGAUCCGUCUCCGUGACCAAGGAGAAGAGUCUCUCUCUCUCUCUCUCAUAACUUUCUGAAGCAAACAGCUCGAUUUGAUUUCUCGAGAUUUGAUCGUUUCUUCUUGAUCGUUUACCACUGAUCUGGAUCUGGAGCUGUGUUAAAUGGCGUACGUGGAUCAUGCGUUCUCGAUAUCGGACGAGGACAUGAUGAUUGGGACUGCGUACACCGUGAAUAGCCGGCCGCCGGUUAAGGAGAUCGCACUCGCGGUGGCGCUACUCGUGUUCGGAGCCUUAGGAAUCGUCUCAGGCUUCUUCAUGGCGUACAAUCUAGUUGGGGGUGAUCGAGGCCACGGGAUAUUCUUCAUGGUCCUGGGGUGUCUGCUGUUCAUCCCAGGGUUUUACUAUACUCGGAUCGCUUAUUACGCUUACAAAGGAUACCAAGGUUUCUCCUUCUCAAACAUACCCCCCGUUUAGUCUAAUGUAUAGAGAAUGAUGUUUAAGCAAUGGCCUGACUUGUUUUCGUUCUAGUGUAAUAGUUUUAGAGGAGUUAAGUGAUUCCAUGCUGGAUAUACAUAUGUAUCCCUUCCUGCUUUCCUCCUUACUCUUGUUAAAUAAUUGCGAGUCUGUGACAGUUCGUCCGUCCGAUACAUAUUACAUAUAUAUACCUGGUUCAGAGA